ACGUAAACUGGAAUUCAUUAACUAGUAAUAACAUGUAGCCCAGGCUCAUCAGGAGCGCAGAGUGGAGUGAAGGCCGAGUCCAUCAAGAGAGAAGAGUGAAGAGAGUGAACGUGGGGAGCCCAGCCCCUUUAUAGUUCCCCCAUGACCUGAAGGAUCAUGGGAGCUGUAGUGGCAAUAUCAAUACACAACAAUAACAUUAAUGUAAAAACGUAUUAUAUACAUUGGGCGCAAAAGUUAUUACGUUAUUGGAACUCUGUUUUGUUUGACAUUAUCAGUUUUUAUUACAUUAAGAACGGAAACAUUAUCUCUCUCUCCCUCUCUCUCUCAUACACACACACACUCAUUCUCUCUCUCUUUCUUUAGAUGCCCAGAUUUCAUGAUGGCCCAUAUGUUGGGAAACGUAAAAUAUGAUAUGCUUCUCUGAAUUGAAUUUGUUAACAAAGAAAAAACGAAAAAAAAAACGUUAUCCUUCAUCCGUAACAUGAUCCCAUUACUUUCACACACACCUAGUCUUUUUAUCUUAGGCAGAUAGCCUAGGACUGGAUGUAGGUUAUGUGUCAGCGCCACGGGACACAAGAGUAUUUGUUCAUGAACUACGCGCUUCUAACUUUCGUUUUCCAAACGUCAUACGGUACUACUUCCGUGUUUGACAGUGGAGUACAGAACACGGGCGGGAAAUGUGUGUUUUUGGAAAAUAUCACACAAAACGUCACGUUCAGAAGACUUGACGUCCUCGGUCGUGGGGGUAGAGUUGACUUUGUAGCUAGUGAAUGGGUCUACGGGUCCCAAUGGAGCUGUCAUUAGAUUUCCUGACGCAUGAGGAGUUACUUCGCUUCUUCCACCGUAAAAAGACGGAGAUCUCGUGCAUAGACCAACCGCACACCUUCCUCAGGCAGUUACGAGACCACGACCUAGUGUCGGAGAAGCUCUACCAGAGAGUGGUUAGGAUGAAGACGAAGGAGCAGAAGAUGAAGGGUGUGUAUGAGGUGCUGGACAGUCUGGAGACAGAUCAAGCAGAGCGUGUGAAGACCUUCUGGGAGUGUGUGUUUACAGACCACAUCCUGCAGCAUUACCCCACCCUCAAACUACUGAGGAACAGCCUCAUGGACGGGUCUUUUCGAGUCAAUGAAAGUCAACCAGAGAUGGAGAGACUGGACAAGAGGAAGAAUACGGAGGGAAAGAAUAAAGACUUAAAAGAAAAGAAGGUGAAGAAGAUGAGUAGACAGAAAAGGAAAGGGAGCAGCACUAGCGGAAGGGAGGAAGGAGAGGAGGAAGAGGAGGAGGAGGAAGAUCAAGCAGGGACUUCUAAAGUCACAACCAGUCAGAAGAAGAAGAAGAAGAAGCUUCAGAAACCCAACUACUGCUCUCCUCUGAGGAAGGGGGGCAGGGAGGAUAUCUGGAACUGGCCCAUGCAUAGGUCCCAGCUACCCGUCACCUGUGGGGACAAAGAGGGCUUUCUUCACAGAGACAAACUGGCCAAAGGAGAUAAAUGCAUUCUUCACGAGGAUCAGUGGUACACGCCAGGUGAGUUUGAGAAGUUGGGAGGCAAGGAGAGGAACAAGAACUGGAAGAUCAGCAUCCGCUGCCGACAAACAACCCUGCAGAAGCUGAUUCAGGAGAAUCACUUAAAGUCUCCACCAGCUAAAAGGAGAAGAACUGAAAGAGGACAGAUGAGAAGAGCCCUUUUCCCCUCCAGCCCUGAGAACUCCAUCAUACUGUCAGACUCCAGUGAAGAAGAGUCCCACAGCAGGAUCCAGAAGGAGGACAGGGAGGGAGACGAGGAGGAAGAGGAGGAAGAGGAGGGAGACCGAGGAGAAGAGGAGGGAGACAGAGGAGAAGAGGAGGGAGACAGAGGAGAUGAGGAGGGAAGGAUGGGAGAGAACAGAGAUGACAGCAGUUACCAUGGCAACAGGGAUGUGGACACAUCCAUGUUUGAAGGAAGUACUCUGCCUGUCCAGUGUGGGUCUGUCGUUGGAAUACUGCAGAAAGACCGCUUUGCGUCUAGAACCACAGGAAAGUGCAUUCGCACAGAAGAGAGCUGGCUGACCCCAACAGAGUUCAUCAGGCUGAACCCUGACCUGAGAGAUGGAAUGUGGAAGAGAGACAUCACCUGCAGAGGCCAGCCCCUUGCCUACCUUUUACAGAGGAAGAUACUGCAGGUGCAUUCUCUGCUAUGCUUGUGUCCUAUGUGCAGCCACGCAGAGUCCGACCUGGACUGAAAGAGAACCACACCGUGGAGGAAGAACACACACUUUCACAGCCGAACAGGA